UGCGAAAAACAAAAACCCUAACAGGCCCUUUCCCCGCACUCCCCUCGUCAUCUUCCUCCUCACGCUCCCUCCCUACCCCUCCGUCUCCGAUCAUCUCGCUCCGGCGACGCCCCUCCGAACCCUAGCCGAGUUCGUGACCCCUCUCUCCCUCCCCUUUGUCUUUGCGUCGCCCUCCCCGUUGACCCGAUCAAGCUAAACCCUAACUCGGCCCCACCGGCCGAUCCCUAACCUCGCCACGCCAUCCUCUGCUGCCUUUUCCCGCCGCCUCCGAUUCUGCAGUACUAUAAAGUUUUAGCUUGCAUAAGAAGCUUGGAUAGCGAAACCAGCAAAAUAUGGCAAAUAUGAAUAUAACCAACAUUUUAGAAAAGAUGACAGGAAAGGAUAAAGAUUAUAGAUAUAUGGCUACUUCUGAUUUGCUUAAUGAGUUGAAUAGGGAGGGUUUUAAAGCUGAUGCUGACCUGGAGAUAAAACUGACAAAUACGGUUCUUCAGCAACUUGAAGAUGCUGCAGGGGAUGUUUCUGGUUUAGCUGUCAAAUGCUUGACUCCACUUGUUAAGAAGGUUAAUGAGGAUAGAAUCUUGGAAAUGACAAAUAAGCUCUGUGAUAAAUUGCUAAAUGGGAAGGACCAGCAUCGUGAUAUUGCUAGCAUAGCUCUAAAAACGAUCAUUGCAGAAGUUACUACCACAUCUCUUGCUCAACGGAUACUAGUUUCUCUUUCCGCCGAGUUAAUCAAGGGUGUAACCAGCUCUGGAAGAAGUACAGAAAUCAAGUGUGAAUGCCUCGAUAUACUAUGUGACGUCCUCAAUCGAUUUGGCAAUUUGGUUACUAAAGACCAUGAAGAAAUGUUAAGUGCACUGCUCUCUCAGUUGAGUUCCAACCAAGCCAGCGUUAGGAAGAAGUCAAUUUCUUGUAUAGCAUCACUUGCCUCAAGCUUGUCUGAUGAUCUGUUGGCUAGGGCCACUUCUGAGGUGGUUCAACUAUUGAAAAAUAGGAGCGUAAAACCUGAAAUCACCAGAACCAACAUUCAGAUGAUUGGAGCUCUUAGUCGUUCCGUGGGAUACCGCUUUGGGCCUCACCUUGGUGAAACUGUUCCAUUGCUCAUAAACUACUGCACAAGUGCAUCAGAAACUGAUGAAGAACUCCGUGAAUACAGUUUGCAGGCACUAGAGAGUUUUCUACUUAGGUGUCCAAGGGAUAUAUCUUUAUAUUGUGAGGAUAUUCUGAGUCUUACUCUAGAAUAUUUGAGCUACGACCCAAAUUUCACUGACAACAUGGAGGAAGAUACUGAUGAUGAAGGUCAUGAGGAGGAGGAUGAUGAUGAAAGUGCCAAUGAAUAUACUGACGAUGAGGACGCAAGCUGGAAAGUUCGAAGAGCAGCAGCAAAGUGCUUAUCUGCUAUUAUUGUUUCUCGGCCGGAGAUGCUCUCAAAGAUGUAUCUGGAGGCUUGUCCAAAGCUGAUAGAAAGGUUUAGAGAAAGAGAAGAGAAUGUAAAGAUGGAUGUCUUCAAUACAUUUAUCGAGCUGUUACGCCAAACUGGCAAUGUGACAAAGGGACAAAUAGAGAUUAACGAGUCGAGUCCCAGAUGGUUAUUGAAACAAGAAGUGCCCAAAAUUGUCAGAUCAGUUAAUAGACAAUUACGUGAAAAAUCUAUUAAGACGAAGGUUGGAGCAUUCUCAAUAUUGAAGGAGCUUGUCGUUGUCUUACCAGAUUGUCUUGCGGAUCAUAUUGGCUCGCUUGUUUCUGGGAUAGAAAAGGCUCUGAACGAUAAAUCAUCUACAUCAAAUUUAAAGAUUGAAGCUCUUGUUUUUACAAGAUUAGUCAUGUCUUCACAUUCGCCUUCUGUUUUUCACCCAUACAUCCAGGCACUAUCUAGUCCUGUAUUAUCUGCUGUUGGAGAUAGAUACUAUAAGGUUACUGCCGAAGCUUUACGAGUCUGCGGUGAGCUAGUCCGUGUCAUUCGCCCUACUUUUGAGACUAGUUCUCUGGAUUACAGACCUUAUGUCACUCCAAUUUACAAGGCUAUCUUAACUCGAUUGGCAAAUCAGGAUCAAGAUCAGGAGGUUAAGGAGUGUGCUAUAUCGUGUAUGAGCCUUGUGAUUUCAACUUUUGGUGAUAGCCUUCAAAGGGAAUUGCCUAUGUGCCUUCCCGUCCUUGUUGAUCGGAUGGGUAAUGAGAUUACCCGACUUACAGCAGUGAAGGCAUUUUCAGUGAUUGCUAAGUCACCUCUUCGGAUUGAUCUAUCAUGCGUCCUGGAGCAAGUUGUUUCAGAGUUAACAGCAUUCCUACGGAAGGCUAACCGAGCAUUGAGGCAGGCAACGUUGGGAACCCUUAACUCCUUAGUUGUCUCUUACGGUGAUCAAAUUGGCUCAUCUGCUUAUGAAACCAUAAUUAUCGAGCUUUCAACUCUCAUAAGCGACAUGGAUCUGCAUAUGACUGCCCUUGCUUUAGAACUUUGCUGCACAAUGAUGACCGACAAGAAAUCAAGCCAAAAUGUUGGUCUGACAGUCAGAUAUAAAGUUCUACCUCAAGCACUUGUAUUAAUAAGGAGCUCUCUGUUGCAAGGUCAAGCACUACAGGCACUACAAGGAUUCUUUGCUUCACUUGUUCAUUCGGCAAAUACAAGUUUUGAUGAUUUGUUGGAUUCUCUUCUUUCAAGUGCUAAACCAUCGCCACAGGCUGGUGGACUUGCUAAACAGGCUUUAUGUUCAAUUGCACAAUGUGUAGCUGUACUUUGCUUGGCAGCUCGUGAGCAGAAGUGUGCAUGUACUGUCGAAAUGCUUAUGGCCAUUUUGAAAGAUGACAGCAGCAUUAGUUCUGCUAAACAGCACCUGGCUUUGCUAUGUCUGGGAGAAAUUGGACGCAGGAAGGAUCUGAGCAUGCAUGCAAACAUAGAGAAUAUCGUGAUCGAGUCUUUUCAAUCACCUUUUGAGGAGAUCAAAUCGGCAUCAUCUUACGCUCUUGGAAACAUUGCUGUCGGCAAUCUCUCUAGAUAUUUACCCUUUAUCCUGGAUCAAAUCGAUAAUCAGCAGAAGAAACAAUAUCUGUUGCUUCAUUCCCUGAAAGAGGUUAUUGUGAGGCAAUCUAUUGAUCAAGCUGGCAAGAGUGAGCUUCAACAUUCUUACAUUGAGAAGAUAUUGACCUUGCUUUUUAACCAUUGUGCAAGUGAUGAGGAGGGGGUUCGCAAUGUAGUUGCUGAGUGUUUGGGGAAAAUUGCUCUAAUCCAACCAGAGAUGCUUAUUCCUGCACUUAAGGAGCGCACAGCUAGCCCAGCUGCUUUCACUAGGGCUACAGUUGUUGUUGCCGUGAAAUAUUCUAUUGUUGAACGACCUGAGAAGAUAGAUGAAAUUCUGUACUCUGAGAUUUCCAGUUUUCUGAUGCUGAUAAAAGAUAGUGACAGGCACGUCAGACGAGCAGCUGUCUUGGCUUUGAGUACAGCUGCUCAUAACAAGCCAAAUUUAGUUAAAGGUCUUCUUCCUGAAUUAUUGCCACUUUUGUAUGAUCAGACUGUUGUAAAGAAAGAAUUGAUCAGGACUGUAGAUCUAGGUCCUUUUAAGCAUGUUGUGGAUGAUGGCCUGGAACUGAGAAAAGCAGCUUUUGAGUGUGUGGACACUUUGUUGGACAGUUGUCUUGAUCAAGUGAACCCAUCAUCGUUUAUAGUUCCUUACCUCAUUUCUGGCUUAAGUGACCAUUAUGAUGUAAAGAUGCCUUGCCAUUUGAUUCUCUCGAAAUUAGCAGACAAGUGUCCUUCUGCUGUCCUUGCAGUUUUAGACUCAUUGGUUGAUCCUCUUGAGAAGACUAUUACUCACAAACCAAAGACCGAUGCUGUGAAACAAGAGGUUGAUCGUAAUGAAGAUAUGAUUCGGAGUGCCCUUCGAGCAAUCGCUUCCUUGAGUCGUAUAAGCGGAGGCGACUGUAGCUUGAAGUUCAAGGUGCUUAUGAACAACAUAAUGAGCACUCCUGCGCUUGCUGAGAAGUACAACUCUGUGCGGUCGGAGUGAUGAUUGAAUAGCCAUCUGCUGCUUCAACUAGAUCCCUGCGGUAAAUUUUCCUGCCGAACUUCAGGGAAAAAAACUUUCCUUGAAUACACAGUCCUUUUCUGGUUCGGGUAUUUAAACAGUAUCAUGGUAUUGUAUUUAAUUUUGAGUGGGUCGACAUUGGUCAAUUUGAUGUAAAAUGUGAUGCAGCUGAAGAAUUUUUGUAAAUGCAUUUACUCUUUCAGACUUAAAUGUUUCUCCAAAAAUUUAUAGUCAUACAUAUUUUAUGGGCGCGUUGAGGAA